CGACCUGAGUAGCAUUUGCACAUGAUACUCAAUGUUUGGAGUAGACAGAUUUGGACAGAAUUAGAUGCCGUGGGAUUACUGACACCUUUGAUUGUCAACGCAAAUUACUCAGCAGUCAGAGCUAACGUGAACUUUGACUGUUUCACACUUUGGAGGACUAAGACUUGCUGUAACAGUAAAAUGUGGCAUAAUAGUAGAUUACAGAAACCAUGGAUUUUACCAGAAAUACUUGAUUAUGAUGUGUCGUCUGCUGUAUCUAACAAAGAACCACGUUUUCUACAAAUUCUCAAGAAAGAAGAGGGGCCAUGUCCAGACGGUAGCAUUGUUGUGUUGGUCACAGAUGGCAAGUGGGACAUCAAGGCUGUGUUAACACAGGAAGCUCUGAAGGAGUUCCAAGAGGAAGAAAGAUAUUCUGAAGAAUAUUUUCAUUGUUCCAAGAUGAUAGCAAGGAAGUAUCACUUCAGUGUGGUUUACUCUGACAUAAAGGAAAAUUCAGAGUUUUUCCUGGUCGUGACAGAGCUUAAAUUUUGGACCUGUCUGCAUGGACAUUACCGUAAAAAUCCUGGAAUAUUGUGUAAUACUGUUCCAGAGGUUAGGCAAAAAUUGGAGAAAGGUUGGAUACAGUGGAAAGCCCACAGAUCAGAAAACACUCGACAAUGUUGGAACGAGGAAAAUGCGGCACUGUCAGAGCUCAUGGGGCAGUUUACACAGCCAGGGUCACAGAGACAGCUAACACAAUGUGGGUUGUCACAACCAACACAAUCUGGGACAAUGCUGUCACAACUAACACAAUGUAGAGAAGCAGUGCAGUCCAACCUGUCCAGAGAUCCACCUAUUCAACAUAUUGAAGAACCAGAGUCUGAUGCUACCAACACCAAUCCUAAAAAUGGCCUGGGCAGAAAGCCAGACAGCCAUAUUGACCACACAUUGACCUCUGACCUUGGAGUGACCCUUGACCCUGAAGUGACCUUGGGAGCUGGGGAUGGUCAACCUAGUCGAGAGCUUCCUGUACAACUGACCAGUGUCUUCAACAUUCACUACUACCUGGCUGCAGAGCAAGUUUUCCAGUGCCUUGAAACAAUGCAGAAAAAUUUAUCCUCAAACCUAAUGGCUGUCCCACUUGACUCUGAGAUUGUCCUGCUAGGUUCUGAAGAGAUCUGCGAUGUCCCACUGGACAUAGGAGAUAUCCCAGUUCAUACAGGGAAUGUCCCACAAGGCUCAAGCAAUGUGCAAUUUGGUUCAGAAUAUGUUCCAAUCGUUCAAAAAGAAGGUCGAUUGCAAUCCAAGUUUGUGACCUCUGACCUUGGAAUGACCGUUGACCCUGGAGUGACCUUGGAAGCUGGAGAUGGGCAUCUUAGUCAAGAGCUUCCUGUACAACUGACCAGUGACUUCAAAACUGACUAUUAUCUAGCCGCUGAGCCAGUUUUCCAAAACCUUAAAACAGUGAAGAAAAAUUUAUCAUCAAACCUAGUGGCUGUCCAUCCAGACUCUGAGUUUGUCCUACUAGGUUCUGAACAUGUCCCGGAUAUCCCUUUAGACAUUGGGGAUGUCCCACAAGGCUCGAGCAAUGUGCAAUCUGGUUCAGAAAAUGUGCCCAUGGUUCAAGAAGAAAGUCGAUUGCAAUCCGAGGAUGUCCUGCCUCCUCCAAGCUCUGCUGAACAUGACACAUCAGUACAUAUGAGUGUGUCAACUCCAGACCUUCCAGUAAAACUGAACAGUGUAUUCAGCAUGGAAGGGUUUAUCAUCAGUGAGGCGGGGCAGGCAUGUUUAGACAGGUUGAAAGAAUGGCAGCGUGGUUCCCGUCCUCGUACCUUGCAUUCUCACCACACUGCGUCUGACAGCUCCCAGCUGAGAGGAGUACAGAGUGUGGAGAUAGAGGGCCCUGUGAAUGAGCCUCCUUCUGCGACAGAGGACGGAGAGAGACUGAAGGCGCAGUCUGAUCAGGAAGAAGGUCGGGAUGUCGGGGAUGGUGUUUGCAGAAAGAGAAAAGCAGGUUUUCGAGAUGAGAAUCCUGAUGGAGAUGAUACUGGAGGGAACAAGUUGAAGAAGAAGGGAAGAAUGACCUCUGGGCCUGAAUUAGAAGAAAAGCUGUCAACAGAUGGCGCUGAUGUUGCCAUUGUGUCCAAUCAGCAUGAAGCUCUUAAGAAAAAAUGUUUAGAUGAUGAUGAAAGAGAAAUGAAUUUUAACCAGGCAUCUCAUGGAGCAGACAGGCGAGAACAAUCACCAGAAGCUAUGCUGGGGACUGAUGUGGGGGAAUACAUGGACAAAGUGGUCUUUUCUUUUGAGGGACAUCCUUCACAAGACCCAAGUCCUCAAGAUGUAGGUCAAGGUCAGGUUGAGAAAGGUCAAGGUCAGGGUGAAGUAGGUCAAGGUCAGUGUGAAGUGGGUCAAGGUCAAGAGAUGAGGGACCAGGUUAUGGAUGAGAAGGGACUUCACGAUGAGACUGUGGUUCAUCAGUCAACACUGAUAUAUGGACACACAGAUGACACAAGACCACGUUUUCUGCCGUCCCCUUUGAGAGUCUCAGAUGAUGAAGAAGCCAAGAGAUUGAAUGACAUGCUACAUUCUGCCGAAUACAGCGGAGAACGGCUGUUUUCAUCUGAUGACAGUGAGGCAGAGAUUCAGUCGCACUCACAUGAUGAAAAAUCCGAGUCCCUGGUCAGAGAGAAAUAUACUGUUAUUUGCAGUGGAUCAGAAGAAGAAAACCACGGCAAUCCUUUGUUGAACAAUGAUGAGGAGGAAGAAGAGGAGGAAAAAAGAUUAGAAAAAUUACGAACCCCUGGAGCAUUAUCUGUUGGACCACAAAUGAAAACUUCAGGUGUUUUGGUUGUUGAGGAUAACAUCAGCAAUAGAGCUGAGGCAUUAUUGACUCAGUGCCAUACGGAGACAUCCCAGGUUCCAGUAAAACCGUCUCAGACUGAGAGCCAAUCCCAGACUAAAUCCAGCUGUGACCCAUCGCAAGCCAAGCCCAGUGCCAUCCCAACACAGGCUGAGGUACAAUGUGCCCCCUCUCAGAGACAAGAGAAAGGUGUGGCUGGCACGUUAAAGUAUCGAGAUCCUAGUGCACUGUACAAUACCAAAACAAAACCUGAAAAUAAAGGUAAAAAGAAGGGGAGAAAGCUGUUUACUAUGGACCCAGUGCCUCUAAUGGGGGAUGAUGAUAAACGUGUAGAAAUGUCUUCCAGUAAAGAUGAUCAACCUGACGCACUUCAUGAAAGCUUGCUGGGAAGGAAAAAAUUUUUGAGUCAAAAUAAUCAGCUAACUGGUAACAGGAAUGUAUCUGAAAUUCCACCUGCCUCAAGUGGCAGUGACACACAUGGCAGUAGAGAGCGGAUUGUGAAUAGUACAGGCAGUUCCAGUCGUGCAAGUUUGGGUCAUGCUACCUGUACUGGUGAUUCUGUUGUGGAAAGCAAUGACAACAGAGGUAAACAUAUUAUUGAUGACACCAACAAUUCUGUUGUUUUUGUUGAAAAUGCCCACACUACCAGAUCCCAAACAUUGAAAAGUACAGGCAUUUCCAGUUGCACUGAUGUGGAUAGUGUGCCUAGUCAUAGUAUGAACAGAGUCAUGGAUAGCACUAGAACUGUUUCUGGUACUCACUGUGAUAAUUUCAAUACAAAUUUUGUGAGGAGACACUUGAGUUGUAAAUCCAGCACACCAGUGAAAUCUCUGCCAGACCAACAACAGCAAGAAACCCCUGAUGAUGUUGUGCAAACUUCUGAACAAAGUGAAGAUAAUGAUAUCAUAUUCAUAGGAACAUAUAGUCCAAAGUUUGCAGGAACUUUGCCAAAUGAAUACCAUCAUUUGCCCAAAAGUACUUUUGACAGUGUGAAAUUAAAUGAGCUGAAAUCAAAGUCUGACUCAGAGCAAGACCCACUGGUGCAAAGUACCAGUGAAACAAAUGACAAUGUCACCUCUGCAGUUGUAACAGUUGGAGAAUAUAUCAAAAGAAAGAGAGAUGAGCUGCAUAGAAAACAAAGAUCGGAGCAGCAAAAGAUGGACAGCAUGCAGGAAGGAGAUGAGAGCUCUCUGGAAUUUGGACAAAGACUAGUGUCGUCUGCUGAAAUGACAGAAACCAGGUCAAAUGAAUGUCAGACACAGAGGCAAGGUCAGACAACACUCCAAGACAAGCUACUGAACCUGAAGUUCUCAGACAAUACCAUGACUUUCAUCUGGAAAGUAUUUCUCAGGAAAAGGCCAUCCAACUAAACUAUCAGCCAACUUCCUGUGGAAGAAUGACCAACUUGUUAAUACCCAGACAUGCUUUUUUUUUUUUUUUUUUUUUAAAGGGGGGGGGGGAUUGAAGGAUAUAUCAUCUUCAUAAAAAUGACCCCAAGCAUUUGUUUCUCUUUGGUUUGUUCUUUUCUCAUUCCAGUUUCCAAACACUGGUUAUUCUGAGGUAGCAUUCUUCUUACACAACAGACAUUAAAAUGUGUGCAUGGUUCAGUGUACAUGAAACAAACCCUGAUAUUGAGUCAGUGUCUUAGGGCUUUGACAUCAUAUAUAGUUACUUUGUAAGUUUUUUUAAUGCAGAUUCCGCAAGGACAAGCUGUUCAUAACCUGUUGUAGUUCUAGAAUACUGUUGUUGUUAUUGUUGAAAGUUCCAUUUGAUGAAAAGUUUGGUGCUAUAGUAAUUAUAUGUGCCAUAAUGUGUUGUUCUAGUUUUCUCUAUUGGCACUUUGUUCAAGAGUUUUGUGUUUGUAUUCUAGUUAUCUAUUAUUGUUAUUUACAAGAUUUUACACACUGAAAUAAAUGAGGACAUUGUUUAAAUGCACACCUUGUUA